GGAGCGAGCAGCCACAACUGAAAGAAGGUCACAUUUCUGUUUACAUGAAACCAGAGCACAAUUUGAAAUGGACUGGAUCAAGCAUAGUCUCAUUUUCAGAUGGUCGUUAGCAGCGUUUGGGUAUUUUGCUCUGCAGAUGACAGAUAUCUCGAGUCUGAAUCCAGAAGAAAAGCAUGUGAGCAGCACGUCUGCCGUGCCUGAGGACGCUCGGCUGGCAAGGGGACAAGGCCCCUGCUCCGGCAGGCUGGAGCUGAAGCAUCAGGGAGAAUGGAGAGCUCUGACCGUUAAGGACAGACAGGCUGGAGCCCAGGCUUACGUCAGGUAUGCUCUGGUGGCAUGCCGGCAAAUGGGUUGUGGUUCUGUAGUGUCCGUUGAACACAACAGCAACAACACUGACAGUCAACAAGCAUGGGAGGUUAAUUUCAGCUGCAGGGGCCCUGAGUCGGGCCUGCAGGAGUGCAGGAGCCCCUCAGCACGUAGAAGAAUCCAUGGGAAGGACACUUGGAACUCCAGUCUGGAUGUGAUCUGCUCAGAGUCUGUGAGGCUGGUUGGGGCAGCAGAUGUUUGCCAAGGCAGUGUGGAAGUGAAGUCGGAUCAGGGCUGGGCCUCAGUGUGUGAGGAGGGCUUCGACUCUGAGGCUCAGAAGGUGCUCUGCAAGGAGCUCGGCUGUGGGCCUCCAGGCUCUUUUUCAGGGUCAUUUAGGAAAGGAGAAGGACCCGUCUUAUCCAAACAAUUCCAAUGUGAAGGCAACGAGUCUCAUCUUGGGGAGUGUGCCAGUUCCGUCCGCAACAACUGCAGAACAGCGGCUGGAAUCUUAUGCAGAAAUGUGAAUGAAUUGAGACUGGUGGGAGGAGAAACUCAUUGUAAAGGCAUACUGGAGGGGAAGCAGGGCGGAGAGUGGAGGCCCCUGGCUGAUAGCUUCAGUUUCCAGAGACCAGAACACUCUGCUAAGGUUUGUGAGCAUCUGGGCUGCGGAGGUCUCAUCUCAACAUCAGGGAGCUAUUCUCCUAAACGUCAACGAGUGUGGAAGCUGUCAUACAACUGUCGAGGCCACGGACCAUCAGAAUGUUCAGUAUGGGAAGAGUCCAGUACAUAUCACCACAUAUCCCUGUCCUGUUCAGAGGGGGUGAGGCUGGUGGACGGCACUCAGAGAUGUUCAGGGAAGCUCCAGGUGAAGUCCGGUGACUCGUGGGCUUCAGUCUGUUAUGAGUCGUUCAGCCCAGAGACUGCUGUAGUUGCCUGUAGAGAUCUUGACUGUGGGUUCGCAGAUCAUUUCCAUGGGAGUGGUUAUCACCUCUCUCAAAUCUGGGGUCCGGUCUUCCGGUGUAAAGGCACGGAGAAGCAUCUCGUGGAUUGUCCUUCCACAACGCUCAACGCCACAACUGAACCAAGUGAAUGUGGAAAAGCUGUUCUAAACUGUGUUGAACGUCCAAUUCAACCUUUUACCAAACUGUAUACCUCUCAGGGGCCUGUUGAUUACAAGAACAGAGAGGUCUUGAAGGGCCAUCGCUUUGCCAUCUCUUGCUCCUACUCUUCACCUUACAAUGUUUCCUCCAUCCGCCUCCGCUUCGGGGUCGACAGUGACCACCCCUCUGAGCAGAGCAUGGCCCCUAAUCAGAAUGAAGCAGUCUUCAUCUUCCCUGCUGCAGAGAAUGUCCACCUAGGCACUUAUAAAUGUGACUACAACUUUGAUUUCAGUAAAGAAACCUUCUCUGAACCGAGGAUCAUGCAGCUCACUGUUAAAGAGCUUGAGGAUGUGAGGCUGGUGAACGGUCAGAGCCGCUGCGCUGGUACACUGGAGGUGCAGCAUCAGGACGAGUGGAGAGCAGUGAGCUCCCUGCACUCCUGGGGCCUGCAGGAGGCCGCUGUGGUGUGCAGACAGCUCGGCUGCGGCUCCGCUGUUUCCACCAGCAGAGUCCAGCUGCCUGAUCCAGCUCGGCCUGCAUGGCGCUUCUACACUGACUGUGACGGCUCUGAACAUGCACUGAUGGGCUGUGGCUCCGUGAGGAAGUGUCUCUCCUCUUCAGGCUCCACUGAAGUGGUCUGCUCAGACAUCCUGCUUCCUCCCAACAAGCCUGUUAUGUAUAUGGGUGAGUAUGACCUGGAGCAGAAUGUGUUGCUCUUCAAGGGCCACAGCUUCUCUCUUAAAUGCUACGUGGAGCCACAGUACCCCGGAGGUUCCUUCAGCCUCAUGUUCACUGGCUCUAACCCAACCAGUUACACCCUGCCAGCUGUCAAUCACUCCGCCUCCUUCAGGUUUGCUGCUGCAGAGCCCGCCCACCAAGGGAACUACAGCUGUGUUUAUCACAACUAUGUUUUCCAUCAGAACUUCUCCAAUGAGGGCCAGAGCCUCUCUCUCAUUAUUCAAGUGGAAUACGAUGUCAUGCUGGACGAUGGAGUAUUCAGAGAAGACGAUAGUGAGGCCUGUGCCGGCAGACUGCUGGUGUUCCAGGAAGAGCAGGAGUGGAGGCUGCUGAGUGCAGAGUCCACGGUCUGGGACCUGAAGCAUGCUGCUAUGGUGUGUCGACAGCUGGGCUGUGGUUCUGCUGCUUCAACCAAACAGAUUGAUCUUGUCCACAACACACAUGUGUACAGAUUCUUCUCUGACUGUGAGGGAUCAGAGCCUGCACUGAUGGACUGUGGGUCUGUGCAGCUCUGGUUCUCUUCCACUGCUAUUGAAGUGGUCUGCACAGAUGAGACCAUAACAAGCCUUAGGAAACAAGGUGGACAUAAAUGAUGAUGAGUGGUUGUUCUGUAGGACAGGCAAACGCUUUUAGGUUGGCCUGUCCCUUUUGAUCCUGGCUUCUUUCACUGAAGCAACAGGGCUUUUUGCAGAUUUUCAUUUUGAGAUGGUCUCUAUGCAAACGUUGUCUACGUUGCAUUUAGCUUCUUAGCCACCACCUGCCUCCUCUACCUCCUAAUAGCCAACUUUUGUAGAAAUCUCUGGUCAUCUCUGGGUCCUACAAUACUAAAUGUUGUUCAUCAGGCAUGUAAACUGGCAAGUUUCCCAUGUAGAAGAAAUGUAAAAACUUGUUUCCCUUUAUUUCUGUUGUAUGUUGAUAUAAUUGUUCGGUACCUUUUUAAGGUUCCUCUCUCUGUGUGCUGACGAGCUGUGUUGCAGACUUUGCAUUGACUCACAGAACAGUGGGUGAAACACUCAAUUAGCCAAUGACUUAGAGAAACGUAAUCUAUCUUUGUCAAUACAAAAGCAACAUAAGUAUAAAUUGUCUCGGCCAGAAUUCAGUUAGCCCUUUGGUCGUGUGAUAGGCAUGUGUAAGCCGGAGAAGCUGAAGCAUGCCAUAAUCGUUGUUUGCUUCUGAAGUUCAGGACCUUUUGAAACCAACAAAUUCUUACACACGUUGGUGAGGUAAAACCACACCUUGCAUCAGUCUCUGAAAAACCAUCUUCAUGUCUUAUUUCUUUGAAAAGCAGCCUACUAGAAAAUAGGUGCCAACAUAAUUCCUCUUUCCAGGGUUCUUUCAGGGCCUGUCAUUCCAAUGAUAUUACACUCAAUAAGUAGUAGAUCUCUGGGCAGCGUUCAAGACAAUGGCCAUGGUUCUUCUAUAUAGUGUGUUUCCAUAAUAAUAUAAAAUAGAGGUCAAAUUUUCACCGUUCUUUUAGUUCUGGUUUGAGCUUAACCAAAUCCUCAGAAACUUAACAUCUUGCAAUGUGUCGAAUAAAUGCACCGGGAUGCUCACCAGCUAGUUACUAUCAUUGUCGGCUGUGAGUUUUUAACAUCAUCUAAACUGCUCAUUUAAAAUAUAAAUAUCUACAGUAGGCUUAUUGCCUCAGGCUCAUGGAAGAAAAACUUGUAAUAAAGGAUGACAUCAUUUAACAUCUAAUACUAAGCCCUACACAACCUUAUUGCACAAAUCUCUGGCCUGUUGAUCCAGCAGAAACCAUAGUAUGGAUAAAUGCAUGUAUACACCGAUCAGCCAUAAAUUAUGACCGCUGACAGGUGAGGGGAAGAACAGUGAUUAUUGUUAGAAUGGCACCUCAGUGGGGGGGACAUUUAUGGUAGCAAGAGAACACUUUGUCCUCAAAGUUGAUGUGUUGGAAGCAGGAAAAAUGGGCAGCGCAAAACAGUUAAUGCUGGUUAUAGUGGCCGAUUUCGCCUAUCCAAAUGUUCAAACAGCCACUUAGCAGAGUUGUGGACUCGAGUUCCAUGACUUGGACUCGAGUCAGGCUCCAGUCAUGAAGUUGAUGACUUAAGACUUGACUUCACAACAUCUAAAAAGACUUGCACUUUGACUUUAACAUCAGUGACUCGCAUUUGGACUUGGACUUGCCCCUUUUGACUCGAAAAGACUUGCUACUUUCCCCAAACCCAAAGAUUAAAAGGUAUGUUGACA